AUGUCUGCAUCCGGCGGACAGAUGGCCAAGGACCCUCAGGCCUGGGGGUCGAACCCAGAAUCUCCUGAUUACACGAAUCUCUCAACUCUCGAUCGGAGGGAUGAAGGGGAUCGUAGUCAGACGCCUUGCCAUUGGGCCAACCGGCCUUGGAAGAAGAUCCAAGUGGAACUGCUUGAUGGAGAAGUUUUCGCGGAUUUGGAUGCAGAUUUUUCACGAUGGGGGCCGGCCGGCGGUGUUACGGUGGAUUGUGGAGGCGGGUUGUCCGGGUCGGUGACGAGCGGAUCGGAGGCGGGGGCCGGUGGUCUGUGGACGGCGAGUUUGGGUGGGGAACGCGGGGUCGGAAUGGCGUCCGGAAGAGAAUGGCAGCGGGGUGCUAUCUAUUACGGCAAACAUUUCACAGAAGGCAGGGUGGGCUUUGGGCCUGGCUUCUCUUUCAAGCAGUCAGGGAAGCAGUUCAAUCAAGUCCAUAAGAUCAUUCAAUUUGGUUGCCACUACUAUAGCACUCAUAACGCGUCCAUCUUCACCAAUUUUCACCUAAUUCCCGUCCUUCAUCCGUCUCUCCUCCCCCGAGCUCGCCUAUUCUCGACUGCAACUCAGCCGGAAUCUCCGCUUUUCCGCUUCAAGCGCCGUUUUCAAGCUCACGCGUUCCGCAUCGUACCACGCAACGCUGGCUGCCAUCCCUCCCUCCCUCCCCCGGAGGGCAUUGUUCAUCUCCCGAUGCAACAUUCACGCGUCACCGACGCGGACAAGUCACUGUUGGCCAUCUGGACAUCCUCAGAUGUCUCUCCCACUUGGGUGUUCUCAACGGAGAACGUUCGUCAUGAUUACAUCUUCAUCAUGCUGUUCAUUCGACUGGUCGGCCUCACGGCGCUCGACGUUCACCAAGAAGUCCACACGAUCUUCGUUGCCGAUUGCAGUCACCAUCUCCCCUUUCCCACAAAAUCAGCCAACGCACGCGUUCUCAACACGCCCACGGCACGAAUGCCUGAACUUACUGUACACGUAGCCCCCGGCUUCAUCGAUUUCGAUCACCAACAAGAUGCCGUUGAUGCGGCGCACGCGGAACCAGCUGUUCUCUCCCGCGAUCCCCGCUUGUUUGUUUGUUUGUUUAUACCAUUUUACGCCGUGAUGUCCUCAAGGUCACUAAAAGAGGAAGGUUGCCGCGAUCCCCGCGAUCCCCGCGGGCCGCGACUUCGCGACCUCAAUCACGAUGCUAGCGACCUGGCUGCGCAGCGCUUCGAAGUCUAUGGUUACAUGAGACACUGCUCGAACUCCAAGCUCGCGCGAAGCAAAACGAGAAAGAAGAAAGAAAAUGCUGAAAAGGAAGGCACCGCUGCCUCAAAGCACCUGCCAAUACGUAUCUCCUCUCGGCAGGACAUCGUACGGCAGCCGCCCGAGGCGAGCCGGCAGAGUUCAGAUGAGCACCGUCAAUUGGAGUUUUGUGGUUGGAGAAAGUCGUAUCUUUCGGAUUUUUCAGGCCAAAUAGUUGUUUUAAAUCCCCUUCAUGCCGCCAAAAUCCACUCAACGUGCCAUGAGAAACGCUCGUGUCCAAAUCCAUUCACAAUUGUCGACGUUGAUCGUGGCAGUUUUUCGAUUCGAUCUUCCGACGAUAAUUGUCACUUGUGUCGGCCCGGCAAGUGUCUCGUAUCAACACUUUUAACUCGUACGUCUAAUGUUGUCGGGAAGACCAUCUUAUAUGUCUCAUCAUUGGGUUUCGGCUACAAGCUCAACAGAGGCACACUACCUUUCGACAUCUAA